AUGUUUCUACAACAAUAUGAAGAAGAAUCACCUAAAAAUGCUAUGAAUCAUUUAAGAAAAUAUUGGUAUCAAAUAUGGUUAAUAAAAAAAAAACAGUUAAUGAACAAGAAACACGAUUAA